AUUUACUUCCUUGUUGUCUUCUGUCUCCAGUCCUCCGUGACAUUAAAACCCUCUGAUUCCCGAUCCCGUUUCUCCCCUUCCUCCCAGAGGUUUUGCAAUCCUGGAGAUGAUAAACAAAGCCACGUGUUGCAGCAAAGUUUCCAAAGUGGGCGGGGCCGGCGAGCUUCCGGGUUCUGACUCGGAGGAUAAAAGCGGAGCUGCGCAGUGUCAACAGGAUACAAACCGAGGGAAACUGCGCGGCUGCUGCACACUUUUGACGCUCACACAGUUUUUAUUUUAAUUUCAGAGUUUAUUUUAAUUUUUAAAAAAAGAUUCGGCAUGCCUUUUCUGGGACAGGACUGGAGGUCGCCGGGUCAAAAUUGGGUCAAAACCGAAGAUGGUUGGAAGAAGACAACUUUAGAGGAGAACAAUAAAGUCUCGAUGGAAAGCUUCUGUAAAGUGAAAGAGGAGGAGUGCUUUAACAAGGAGAACCUGCUGCUCUCUCUUGGUUAUGAAAUGUCUGCAAAGAAGAGGAAAAAAGACCUGAUGAACAAUAACACCAAAGCCCCCUAUUUCCACAGGGAAAAGUGGAUUUAUGUUCACAAGGGAAGCACCAAAGAGCGCCAUGGAUAUUGUACGCUGGGAGAGGCCUUCAACCGCUUGGAUUUCUGCAGCGCCAUCAAGGACACCAGAAGAUUUAAUUACGUUGUCAGACUCCUGGAGCUUAUCGCCAAGUCCCAGCUCCCCUCGCUCAGUGGAGUGGCACAGAAAAACUACAUGAAUAUUCUGGAGAGGGUUGUUCAGAAAGUCCUGGAUGACCAGCAGAACGUGCGCCCCAUCAAAGAGCUGCUGCAGACGCUCUACGUCUCGCUGUGUGGUCUGGUUCAGGACAUGGGCAAGUCCGUCCUGGUGGGGAACAUCAACAUGUGGGUGCACCGCAUGGAGAACAUCCUGCAGUGGCAGCAGCAGCUGGACAACAUCCAGAUAAACCGGCCCACAUGCACAGGCAUGACUCUGACCGACCUGCCUGCCAGUCUGCAGCUCAACAUUAUGCAUCGCCUGUCAGACGGCAGGGACCUGGUGAGCCUGGGCCAAGUGUGUCCGGAGCUGGGAGCCCUGACAGAAGACCGGCUGCUGUGGAAGAAACUCUGCCAGUACCACUUCACUGACCGACAGAUUCGCAAGCGUUUGAUGUUGUCGGACAAAGGCCACCUGGAGUGGAAGAAAAUGUACUUUAAACUGAGCCGCUGCUAUCCUCAAAGAGAGCAGUACAGCGACACCCUGCACUUCUGCACGCACUGCCACAUCCUUUUCUGGAAGGAUCAUCCCUGCACAGCAAACAACCCAGAAAACUGCACCAUGUCCCUCUCCCCUCAAGAUUUCAUCAACCUGUUCAACUUCUGAUCCCAUCGACCCAAAUGAACUGACAUGCUGUACAUAGUGUACAGGAUUUGUUUUGUAUCAGAAUGAUAUUUAACUGUGGUGGGACACAGGCAGCGGGACAACUUUGCAAUUUUAUUUUUUGGGAGAGAACAGAAGCUUCUGUGAAGGUUCAUUGUUGAAUGUGAUGAAGAAUCUUUAAUUUUUUUUAUUUUUUUGAGGAAAAGGGGAGAAAAGUGAAUUAUCAGUAUUUGAAGUUCAGUCUUGAAUUAAUGUGGUUUCUGAAGGUUAUUUUUGUUUUGUUUAGAUUCCCUAUUUACACUUUGUUUGUUUUUAAUUCUACAUUUCAUACUUUUGUUUUAACUAGGAAAAAUUAGGGGAUUUUUUUUGUUUUUCUUAUGAAGACCUGUUAAUACAGGGUGGUGCAAUUUAUUUAAUGUUCCUAGAAUGUCAGCGGUAAUCAUUUUGAUUGUGGAAUACAGAAUAGAAAGUCAGAGUAGCAUAUGGUAAAUGAAUAAAAACAGUAUUUUAUCAUUUUUCA